UCUCCGUUUUGGUUGUUUACGUUCAACUUCUAGCAGACCGACCCGUGCACACUACACUGUGCCACAAGGGUCCGGUGGCCCUCUAUUCUCAUUCCACAGACGUCAAUCUAACUUCGCUCGUUCUAAAGCUAUACACGUCGUUGACGAUGAGUAACGUGGUACAGUACGUGUUGGUGCGAGGUGAUCUGACCAGGACCCUGAAAUGGCCGUCCGGCGCCGUCAUGGCCCAAGCAUGUCAUGCUUGCGUCGCCGUCAUGCAUACUUACUACUCGGAUCCAGACACACAAGCGUAUCUAAAGGACCUCGAUAACAUGCACAAAGUCAUCUUGGAGGUACCCGACGAACCCGCCCUGUUGAGCACUGCCGCCGCGCUCGGAGCAGACGGCGUGCAGCACGUUGUGUGGAAGGAACAGCCCGAGGACGUGGCCACGUGCGUGGCGCUCAAACCCUGCGUCAAAGGCACGGUGAGCAAGUACGUGAGGAAGUUCAAGUUGUACAGCGCGUGACACCGGCCAUAAAUAUAAUGAUGACCCCACGUGGCAUACGCGCCGAAUGGGUGAGUCUGUUUUCGGUGCGAGGGGUGUGGAGGGGUGUCCGCCCGUGGGGAUCAACGGCCACCGUCAAUUGACAUCAAUCAUUUAAUUGGCCGCUACGUGGAAUUCAAUAUAAUAAUAAUAUGUGCCUAAUAAAUAAACGACAAUAGUCACCUCAAACAUGUUCA